CAUUAAUACUUUAACUCCAUCCUCCCUUCCUUAUAAAUAGACGUCUCGCCUCUCCUCUGCCUCACUCCAAACCUAGCUAGCUUCAGAAUUCUCCGGCAUUCCUGACUUGAGAAUUCCAGUUUAUUUGUAUUCGGCAUUGUCUGUAGUCUUUGAGUAGCUGUGCACAGAAAUCAAAAUGGUUAGUGGCCAGCUUUUGUCUAGGAUCGCAACCAAUGAGGGACAUGGGGAGAACUCCCCUUACUUCGAUGGAUGGAAGGAAUACGAUGGGAACCCCUUUCACCCAACUGAUAAUCCCGAUGGAGUCAUCCAAAUGGGCCUUGCAGAAAAUCAGCUUUCCUUUGAUUUGAUUACAGAUUGGAUUAAGCAAAAUCCUGAAGCCUCCAUUUGCAAUGCUGAAGGAGUUGAUAAGUUCAAAGAUAUUGCCAACUUCCAGGAUUAUCACGGUUUGCGGGAAUUCAGAGAGGCUAUUGCCAAGUUUAUGGGGAUGGUUCGAGGCGGUAAGGUAACUUUUGAUCCGGAUCGUGUAGUGAUGGGUGGAGGAGCCACCGGAGCGAACGAGCUGAUAAUGUUCUGCUUGGCUGAUCCUGGGGAUGCUUUCCUCGUUCCCUCACCUUACUAUCCAGCAUUCGACCGUGACCUGACAUGGCGAACUGGUGUCCAGAUUAUUCCAGUUGAUUGCUACAGCUCCAACAAUUUCCAGGUAACAAAGGAUGCACUUAUAUCAGCAUAUGAUAAAGCCCAAGAUGCCGGUAUUAAUGUCAAAGGCUUGAUCAUAGCCAACCCAUCGAAUCCACUGGGCACCAUUUUGGACAGGGAGACCUUAAAAGACUUGGUGAGCUUCAUCAAUGAGAGAAACAUUCACUUGGUCGCAGACGAAAUAUAUGCAGCUACCAUCUUCAGCUCCCCUAGCUUCAUAAGCGUCGCUGAGAUUAUCCAGGAGAUGGAUUGCAACCGUGAUCUUAUCCACAUUGUUUAUAGCCUGUCUAAGGACAUGGGACUCCCUGGCUUCAGAGUUGGCAUCGUUUAUUCCUAUAACGAUGCAGUCGUGAACUGCGGUCGCAGGAUGUCAAGCUUUGGGUUAGUCUCUUCUCAGACUCAAUAUUUGCUGGCUUCCAUGCUUUCGGAUGAGGAGUUUGUGAAGAAUUUUCUUGCGGAAAGCUCAAGAAGGCUAAACAAAAGGCACAAUAUGUUCACAAAGGGACUGGAACAAGUAGGGAUCAGUUGUUUAAAAGGCAAUGCUGGUCUCUAUGUUUGGAUGGACUUGCGCCAUCUCCUUAAAGAACCAACGUUCGAAGGGGAAAUGGCUCUGUGGAGGGUGAUUAUUUACCAAGUGAAGCUCAAUGUUUCGCCGGGCUCUUCUUUUCACUGCAAGGAGCCUGGUUGGUUUAGGGUGUGUUUUGCCAAUAUGGACGAUGAAACUGUGGAAGCUGCACUUAAAAGGAUACGGGCAUUUGUGUGUAAGGGAAAGGAAGAUCAGGAAAUGCCAACCAAGAGUAGCAAGCGAUGGCAAAAAAAUCUCCGACUCAGCUUCUCAGCUAGAAGAUUUGAAGAAGGAGUCAUGCUGUCACCCCACAUGAUGUCUCCUCACUCCCCAAUUCCUCACUCUCCGCUUGUUCGUGCUAAGUAAAAGGCAUGCACAUAAUAUAAUAAUGUUACUUAAUCUCUCUUGCCAGUUCUUGGAUAAUAUGGCCAAUUUAUUCAUUUUCUUUCUUUUUUUCCCAUUAGUUUGGAAUCUGAUAGAUUUUUGUGGGAUAUUAAUGUUUUCAUAUGCGUAGCAACUAGCAAGUCAUGUAUCAUGUUCGCAACUUAGCCUGCCUAAGUGAUUGGAAAGUGAUAAAACUAUGUAUAUAGUGCUCUGCUUUUAUAUUAAAAAGAAAAGAAAAGAAGUUAAUAAUGUAAUUUGUCCAUUAUUAACUGUGCUGUUCAAUGCAUUGCUGAUAUCUAAAAUUCAAUAGUAAUAGCUAGUUUCUCUGA